AUGAAACAGCGAAGGACGUACCUGGUGGAGGACCCAGAUACAUUCACGCCAGAACAGCUUGAAGUUAUUGAUGGAUCACUCUCGCUGAAAGGCCUCGAAGCCGUAGAGGAACACCGCGUUACCUUCAACGUAGACGAGCUUCCUGAAGAGAUUCGCAAGUUCCUCGAGCAAUGGCAGGAACUACAUAUCAAAUGGGCCUCUUUGAAGCCCUACACCGCCAUCCCACCCUUCUCAUCACGUGUCACACCAGGCCUACACAUUUUCUAUGAGCCGCGCAAGACGCAACCCAAAGUACAGCUUUGCGACCUUUUGCGAUCGGUCUUCGAUCCAGAAAACGAAUGUUCGUUUGAUUUAGAUGCAGAAGAGAUAGCAACACCCGUUUUCCAUGCGACAGAGGAUCCGGAACCAGACGCCUACCUGCAGUACUACUCCUAUCUUACGACAAUAAACCAGCUCGUCUCUUUGAUCGAAAAAAAGCUUUUGUCCGAAGUCUUCAGAUCCAGAAACUUGCAUAGACCCAAUCCCGACCCCGAAGAUAUCGCUUUCGGCGGCUUCCUCACCGUCCUAGGCCCAGACGCGGCACCCAAGCCUACGCGCGCCACGGACCUGGAAGCACCAGACUGGGUCGUUCCGCAAUGGGGCAGCACUGCGCUCUUCCAACUCGCCUACCCAAUAGAACAUUUAGAAGGUUUGAAAGAACGAGACUGGACAGUCACUAUACCCCUGCACCUCCGGUACUUCCCCGCCACCUCUUCCUCGCACACACGUGUCCCUGUCCCCUGGCCCGUCGUCUUCUGGGCCUGCGAUGCCGAGCAAGACGGCUCUGGGAACCCUUUCGACCGCAAGAACCUGGGCUAUGAUAGUGCAUUUGGAGAGGGAAAGAGAUUCAUGCAUGUACCGCCAAAGAAGAGCGGGAAUGGGACGGGGAAGCUGGUGAGUUGGAUUGAUGUGCCGGUGCUGGACACUAGGGCGGCGGACUGGGUAGAGAUGGGGACGAUUGGAGUUGUUAUUAUCGCGUUCUUGGGAUUGUGCUGGGUGUUGUUUGGGGGUGGGCGUGGAGGACGUGGUCAAGGAAUAGAGGAGAAGAAGUUGAAGAAGAAGCAGUAG